CUCCCACCUGCCAUUCUGAAGAAACAAACUAUCCACGUUCCAAUAUCAACCGAAUUUUCAAAAUGAAGGCUUCUAUUCUUCUUCUUGCCGCCGCCGCUGGCGUUGCCCUGGCUCAGCCCACUUCCCUCAACGAACGCGCCGAUUCUGUCUGCCAAUCCGGCAACGGCAACCCUCUUGAACCUACUCCUGCAUGCUGCUAUACCGUGCCGUGGACUGCAGAGCAUUAUCCUCACAGCGUCUGCAUGGCCCGUAAGUUCAUCCCAGUUACUCAAAGAUACUUAGUAGGGGACCAACCGUUGCUGACUUGCAUUGAACAAACAGCUUCGAGCUCGAAGACUACCGAGGAAUUCAAGGAAAGCUGCCACAAAAUCAACGCUAAGGCCCAACCUCGGUGCUGCCCCAAAGCUUUGAUCGCCAAAAAUGAGAACGAGAACAUUGGUGAUGAUCUUCUGUGUUCAGACCCGAAGACUGUUGAGUAGAGCAUUUGAUUCAGGUGGCUCUAAGGGGAGUGGCGAUAUAUGGAAUGGAUAUAAUUACAUGUUGUC